AGAGGUGGGAAGGUAGAGGUAGGUAGACAGAGAGAUGCAGUGCCACAGUGUGUAUGUCUGCGAAGCUGUCAGCAGCGCAACUCUUCAUCCUCUCGUCAGGGACCAUGAUGUGUUGUGGAGCUACGAUGCACAGAUUCACUGCAGAAGCAGGGAAUGCAGAUAGAAGUUCACCUUGAGCUGGAGUCCACCGGUGCCACUCUGGACCUCUGGGAUUACAAGAAAUGCCCAUUGAUCUCAAGAUUGGAGAUUUAAACGGACCUGACAACCUGCCAAACCAAAAGUGGCUCCAGAAUUUUUAACUUUUGGAUUACUGGUCCAGACUAAAUCCAGAACAUAUGACGGAGAGGCUCUAAACUGACAACCCAGGGUUAGAAAUCAAACAGGUACUUGGUUUGGCAGAAACUUGCCAGCUACCUCCAAACCGGACAGCAUACAAGAUUGUGACAUCCACAGUUCACACUGGAACCUCGCAAAGCUACGACCAAGCAGGUCCUGCAUCCCAGGGAUCCUGGAGCCGGCCUGACCUUGGACCGUCUGUCACCUGAACCUCUCCUGGCACCGGCAGAGACGUCCGGCAUGUCACAGAGCGGAGGACGGUUCCACAACAAAAAGGCUGGCAUACGGGCCGCCGUGAUCCUAAUAGGACUCCUGCACAAGUCUCGCAAGGCCAAGGAGAGGGAGAGAGAGAAAGAGGAGAACGAAGGGAAACAGGAGCUGCUGAACAUUUCUAACGUCCCCCUGGGAGAAUGUCCCCCCUCACCGCCCCGCACUGCUCCGCCCAGCAUGAAGUCUGCAGAGUUCUUCGAUAUGCUGGAGAGGAUGCAGGAUGACUAUAUCCCCUACCCACGGAUAGAAGAUGUCCUGGAGAAAGGUGGUCCAUACCCUCAGGUUAUCCUGCCACAGUUUGGGGGUUACUGGAUUGAGGAUGUGGAGGCACCAGCAGGGACCCCCUCCUCCUCAGAGUCCAGUUUCUGUGAGGAGGAAGAUGGAGGAGAGGGCAUGAGCCCUGGUGGGGGGCACAGCUACCGCCUGGAGUGUAACAGCACUGCCCGCGCCUACCGCAAACACUUCCUAGGAAAGGAACACAUGAACUAUUACUGCACUGGCAGCAGCAUCGGCAACCUCAUCAUGUCACUGAAACAUGAGGAGGCUGAGGGCCAGGAGUUCCUCCGAAUCAUGCUCAGAUCGAGGAUCAAAACAGUUCAUGACAGGAUCUCUUUAGCAGGCAUCAACCAGCUGCCGAGUGUACCGCAGAUAGCCAAGCUUCUGUGUGAUGAUGCCACAGGGCUGAAGUUCAACCCGGUCCUGUACCCUCGGGGAUCCCAGUUGAUAGUGGCUUAUGAUGAACACGAGGUGAACAACACCUUCAAAUUUGGAGUCAUCUACCAGAAGUUUGGACAGACAUCAGAGGAAGAACUUUUUGGGAACAAUGAGGAGACGCCGGCUUUCAAGGAGUUUCUCAGUAUCCUUGGCGACAACAUUGAACUUCAGGACUUUAAAGGGUUCCGCGGUGGACUGGAUGUAUCCCACGGACAAACGGGGUCUGAAUCUGUCUACACUGUCUUCAGACAGAGAGAGAUUAUGUUCCAUGUGUCAACCAAGCUUCCCUUCACCGAGGGAGACGUCCAGCAGCUCCAGAGGAAAAGGCACAUAGGAAAUGACAUAGUAGCCGCAGUCUUCCAAGAAGAACCCACGCCAUUUGUUCCAGACAUGAUCGCCUCCAAUUUCCUGCACGCUUACGUGCUGGUGCAGGUUGAGAACCCCUGUACAGAGCACACAACAUACAAGGUGUCUGUUACAGCAAGGGAGGAUGUGCCUCCUUUUGGACCCCCUCUCCCAAACCCAGCUGUCUUUAGAAAGGGUCCUGAGUUCCGAGACUUCCUGCUGACAAAGCUGAUCAAUGCUGAAAACGCCUGCUACAAAUCCGACAAAUUCGCCAAACUAGAGGGGCGAACGCGAGCUGCGCUGCUGGACAACCUCCAUGACGAGCUGCACAGACAGAGCCAGGCCACGCUUGGUCUGAGCCAAGCGGGAGAGGAGGACAAGCUUGAAAACGGGGGACACGGGGGUCUGCUUGAGUCCUUCAAGAGAGCCAUGCGUGUCAGGAGCCACUCCAUGGAGACCAUGGUGGGGUCUCACCGUCACAGGAGCCCCGGGGUAGGAGGUGGCGUCCCGGCCAGCGUUAGUGGAGGAGGGCUGCCGCAGAGCACAAGCGAAUGCACAAAGAGCACCUUCACUCCUCCUGUAUUGUCAGCCAAGUCUCCUCUGAAGAGCCCAGUAAAACGGCGUUCAGGCCUCUUCCCCCGUCUCCACUCCAGCACAGACUCCCCAUCGGACAAACACACACGCAGCGACCACAAGCCUGCAGAGAUCUGCCCGCUGUCCCAAGAGGUGAAGUCAGAGACGUCAUCUAAUCCCAGCUCACCUGAGAUCUGCCCCAACAAAGAGAGGCCAUUCAUCAAGCUGAAAGAGUGCAGCAGCAGCAGCAGACCAAACAUUUCUCGUUCUUCAUCUAGCACCAGCAGCUUCAGCAGCACCACGGGAGAAACAGAAGCUCUGGAAGAACUGGAGACGGCCAGCCAUCCCUCUAUAGCGUCCUCCUCCGCCUUUAGUCCUUCCCUCAGUAUCGACAGCCAGGGAUCAGGUACGCCUGUCAUCAUGUGCCGCAGUCCAACAGAUGUGAAAAGUAAGACGUCACCGAGGUCAAACUUGAAGUUUCGCUUUGACAAAAUGAGCCACUCAUCCACAGCUUCUGAGUAGCCUUGUGGAAUGGAAAUAUCAGACUUGCACAAUAAAGGGAAGGCGCGGGUUGACAGAGCUGCAAAAAUGAAGAAAUAUCACAACCAGAAAAUCACUGUAGAACCACUCUCCUACGCCAAGGAUAAUCUGACAAGAUUACCAACUGCACCAGAGUCCCCACACACUAUAAACUAACUGACAAUACUGUGAGUGUAUAGUGCAGAGACGCAGCUGACGUGUUGGCUUUCUUUUUAUCCAGCCUUAGGCUACAGAAAUUAGUCCGUGUUUUGCCAAUGUUUCAAGUUGCUGCUUCUCAGUUGUUAAUUAUUCACAUCAAAGUCUAAGCAUGGCUGUAAUACUGUGAGUGGAGGCCGAGCGAGACUGCCUCAGCUUUUUCUCAAGCAUCUAGUUUAACAGAGAGACACAGGGAUCUAGAGGAAUGGUAACAUGAGACUGUUGCUCUUUAUCUAGUCCACUGGUCAGUUGAAAAGACGUCUUUAAGAAGUGUCACACAUGCUGAUGUUCCCUUUUUGCCUUUGCUCUCGAAUGAUACGUCUGGCAACAGUUCCUCUUUUGUCUAAAAAAAGUUUGCAGACAAACUCAAACAUGCACAGAAACAUGAUGUAGACUUACAGUAGCAGCACUUUGUAGGUGACAACACUGGGAGUCUCAAAUCUCCACCAGAUGAUCUGAGCUUGUUCUUUGCAUAUAAAAAACGCCUUUCUAGGGAACACCUUUGAUUUUGAGAUGCUUUUGUAACUUGGCUAGCUGCUGCAUUGUGUGUGCCGCACUAUCAACACAACAUCACUGAAAUUCAGUCGAUAUCUGACAGCAUUUCUGCACAUGUAAAGGGUAACUUCAAAUCCCUGAAUUCAAGUGCUUGGUUAGUGGGAAUUAGCUCAUAGGGGGCACAGUAAGGGACACUGCCAACACAUUUUGCUAUAAGCUUAUUUUAGCCAAAGCUGCGCCUUACAAUCUAUCAAAAGCCCUUUUCACCACUGAUGCUCUCUCUCUCUCUCUCUCUCUCUCUCUCUCUCUCUCUCUCUCUCUUUCUCUGUCUCUCAGUCUGUCUCUCUGUCUGUCUGUCUGUGUCUCUCACUAUGUGAGAGGACAAGAAUCUUCUGGAUCUGGUUACAGCACAGUUGUGGGUAGCCGAUCAACACCCACAUUUGCUGAAAAUAGACGUUGCACUUACUGAAAACAUUUCACCUCCUGAUACCUCCCAUUGAAGCUUGCUAGCUCCGUGUAUCUGUGUCUAUGUUCAGUGGAACUUUUGGACAGGAAAAGUCUUGCAGGUUUAAAGUUUCCCAGCAUGUGAGCUGAUGACGAUGACUUGAAAAAUAAAGAUGCUUCAGGUUAAAUGAACCUUUGAACCACACUUUGGCAAAAACACUUUGAAUGUGAACUUGGAGCUUUUUUUUUUUUUUUUGAUUUGAUUUGAUUUGAUGCUUUGUUAGUUGUUAUUACAAAGUCUUUUAGGCCAGUUGCUUACAAGCACAACAGGACAUUAGGUCCACUCUAGUACUCAACUAUACCCUAGCAUUAGCCUGGAGCUGCACAAACUAGAGUUAGCAGGGCAAAGUGGGAGUGUGCUAAUGAAGAAAAAGCUUACAGACGCACAUACGUGUUUGUGACCAAAUAACCAAACUGGAAGGUCUUUGGAAGAAUAUCUAAACUGUGGAGAGAACCAUUCCUGGAUGGCUUGAUAGUGUGUAAAGUUGUUUCACAUCAAACUCAAAUCCCAGAUGGUGCAGAGGGUCAGUUCACCCAAAUUAAAAAAUCCCACUUUGUAAUUUGUGUGACUUUUUAAUUUGCAAGGAUGCUGUUAUAUUCCUUGACCUUAUGGAACAUAACAGCGUUGACUAAAACACACUGUGCUCACUCAGUGUAGGCCAGUGAUUACCUCGAGCAUGGGAUGCAGGGACAGAAAUAACACAAAAGCAGGAAGUUCAGAUGUCAUUUAGUUCGUAGCAGGUAUCACCUCAAUGCCCUGCAGCCUUUCCUCUGUUCAUAUGCUUAAUUUAUUAAAAUGAUAACUUCUUUUGCAUUGAUGUCAUGUAAAAAUGUAACUGCAGAGUAUGCUAAUUAAUACGGUAAAAAAAUGAUUAAGGAAAUAUAUUAAUUUAAAAGAUGUCUAAACAUGUAUAUGUAUAUUUGGUUAUGUAACGUGCCAUUGAGAAUUUAUUCUAAAAUAAAUU